UUUUUCAUUAGCAAACUGUGCUGCUAAUAAAGAAACAGUGAAGUGCCUAAAGCGAAUGGAACCUGAUCUGAGAUUCUUUCACUUCGGUGCAACUAAAGAAAUUGGUUCCGCCCUGACCAGGAUGUGUAUGAGGCAUCGCAGCAUCGAGUCCAAGCUCAAACUGUUCACAAGUGCCCUGACGGACAAUUUAAUUAACCCCCUGGAGUUGAAAAUCGAAGAGUGGAAAAAGGUGGCCAGCCAGUUAGACAAGGACCAUGCGAAAGAGUACAAGAAAGCUCGGGCGAACAUCAAGAAGAAAUCCUCAGAUACAAUCAAGCUGCAGAAGAGAGUAAAGAAAGGUAAGCUGGUGUGCAGAGCUCCUCUGGGAUCAGAGUCUCUGAUCUUCUGCUUGGAGUUCUGGGACUGAACUUCAGUGGCUCUG